GGCCGACGGGGCUGCGCGCCCGCCCGCCUGCCUGACGCUCCGAGCAGGCCCCCGCCGCCUCACGAUGGUGGCGGGCAGCGGGCGCAAGGGCUGCCGGGGCGUGGCGUGGCGUUGUUUGGGUUGGCGCGGCGCCGCCUCAGCCCCGGGCCGGCCCCGCCUCCGGCCGGCCCCGCCCCCGCUGCCCGAAGAACGGUUGCUCGGUGUGCCAAGAUGGCCGCCGUCGGUGGUGUGGUGCACGGGCUGCUGCUGCUGCGCAUGCGCAAGGGUGGUGCGUCGUGGCGGGGAGGUCCCAGUGACAAAGGUGAGAAGAUGCGAAAGAUGUGGUAUUCUUUCCUGCCAUGUUUGCUGGUUUUACAACUUGAAGCUAAUCCUGGUCUUAAAGUGAGAAUUACUCAGAAAGGGCUGGACUAUGGCAGAAAGAUUGGGAUAGAACUACUGAAGCAAAGAGUAUUGAAAGAGACCUUCCCAAGCUGGAGUGGGCAGGAGAGUUUCUCACUUGUGAAGGUGAAUUAUACAAUCUCAAGGUUCAAAGUUGAUGCUGUAGAUAUACCAGAAACUUUUGCUUCCUUUAUUCCUGGCACUGGUGUUAGUCUGUCGGUGGCACAUGCUUCUGCUACAAUCAGUGCAGACUGGAGUGUGGCAGCAUGGCUACUUAGCAAAGACCAAGGAGGAUUUACCCUGUUCAUCUCAGAACUGUUCCUUGAAAUUGUCUUCAAAGUAUCCUGGGACAGCACAGGCCACUUGUCUGUGUUGCUACACAAUUGCCAGCUGAGCAUUGGUAGUGUAAAAGUCCAGUUAAAUGAAGGAUCUAGCUGGAUCUAUAGCUUCCUAUCUGGUUUUCUUGAGAAGGCCAUUCAUUCCAAAUUGGAUGAAAAUAUAUGCCUAAAUAUCGAAUACAAAAUACAAAUGAUGGAUGCACAGUUUCGAAAGCAGAAGGUCUUAAGCCAGAUAGAUGCCUUUGCACAAAUAGACUAUUCCCUAGUUAGUUCUCCAGCAGUCUUCAAAUCACACAUUAACUUGGAUUUGAAGGGCACAAUCUAUCCAGUAGGAAAUCACACAGACCCUCCCUUUGUACCUGCUCCAUUUGGUCUCCCAAACAAAGGUGAUUCCAUGCUCUACUUAGGAGUCUCCAAUUAUUUUCUUAAGUCUGCUACACUGGCUUACUACAGAGCAGGGAUUUUUAACAUCACCAUCUCCAAGGACAUUGCUACUGCUUUUAACCUAACUACAGCCAUACUGAAAGAUUUUGUUCCUGAGAUUGCUCUGCAUUGCCAAACAGUAUGCCCGGUGAUUCUGAAGCUGAUGGCUACAUCACCACCUGCUGUCAGUUUGCAGUCAGACACAUGCAGUCUAUGGAUCACUGGGUCUGUAGAGGUGUUUGCUGUUCUGCCAAAUUCAACCAUCCAGUACAUAUUUGCAGGGAAUCUAACAACAAGUACCAGAGGCAAUUUGACAGUAAUCAAACAGAAGCUGAUCAUCUCAUUACUUCUGAAGAGGCUCCAGUUCUCCCUGCUGCGCUCUGCAGUUGGCUUCUUUCAGAUCUCACUGGUGGAGAAUUUUCUGUCUUAUGCUUUACGGAGGGUAGUGAUCCCAGUAAUCAAUGAUAAAUUAGGAAAAGGAUUUCCUCUUCCUAACUUGGCCCACACUACCCUGGUUGGACCUGUAAUAAAAAUGAAUCAGGUGAGAAGCUCCUCUUCUUAAAUAAUAUUGAUUGUUUUUCAGGCCUGUAAAUUUGUGCGUACUGUUGUGUUGGGUCAUUCUAAAGAUAGCUAAUAGUAAAGCUUUAACUAUACAGUAGAUUGAAAAUCCAAACUCUGGAUGAAAAAUGUACACACACUCACACACACCACCCGCCCAGGGUGCUUUGAGCAGUUGUAGAUUAUAAAGGGUCCUCUAGCCCUUUGGGGAGUGCCAACAAAGUGAAAACACCACAGGGACAGCUCUGCUACCCCCAGCAGGUCUUAGGAGCACUGAAUGAGCUCUCACUACUAUGACUUUUCCGUAGUGCUGGAAAGCUAAGAUGCAACCUUAGUGUCCUUGUGGUUAGCAUUACCCAGCAUUCUGGAGGGCUGCGUUAAUUUAUCAGAGCCUAUUUGUACCCUGAAGUCAACUGAAUUUCAGGAAGCACAAAGCCAUGCUUGUCUCCAGCACUGCUGAGGCGCUAACUGUCAAACCCACUAACCCUGAAUAUGUCCACUUGAAAUUUAAGGAAAUUUUACAUGUUCUUCU